CCCGCCAUGACAGGCACCGCCAAGGUCGCAGUGGUUUUUGCCAUUGUUCUUGUUUUUCUGCAGGCGACGUGCUCCGUUUCUGGGCGGCCCACUGUUAGGGAAGGCAAGUUUGAACUUCGACAGAACGUCCCGGCGACGAUGACGGUGAACGGCUUCCAGCAAGGAGAGACGGGCGGCGGGCCAGCGUCGUGCGACGGUCAGUUCCACAGCGAUGAUGAGUUCAUAGUGUCGCUGUCGUCAGAGUGGUAUGCCGGCGGGGCCAGGUGCGGCAAGUUGAUCCGCAUCGCCGACGACGCCAACCUUCACAUAAGCGCCAGGGUCGUCGACGAGUGCGCCGGCUGCGACAACGAGGUCGGCGCGUCGAUGCAUAUCUGGAAGAACUUCAAUCUUGACCCCAGUGUCGGGCAGGUGGACAUCAAAUGGUCCGACGUGCCGGACGAAGCCUAA